CGUGUGGUUGAUCAAGGAUCUCUUUGAGCUUGAGGCGUCCGGAUAUUCUUAGCAUCUGAAGCUUUUUACUCCCACUCGUUGCUUUCAGAUGUUUUGAAGCAUUUCGCUUGUUUGUGUUUUUGCUUAGUUCCUGUCAAACACUUCCUGCAGGUAUGUGGUCCCGAGCUCUUAAAUCCUGUUCUGCUAAGCACCAAGUCAUUCUCUUAGAUCUGAUUUCGGAUACUUCUAAGAAUUUAUAUCUGAAACGAAACAGCGUCUUCUUGACAAACAUUUUUAAUUCGAAUAAAAGUGAUUCGGUCUCAGUUGAAAGAGGAAUGUCACCAAAAAUCAUAAAAAGUGAAGAAGAUUCGGGAGGAAGGAAAAUGAUUCAAGUUUCACCAUCCCCAUUUCUUUUAAAAUCUCAAUCUGUCGUUCUUCCAGGCAGUGAUCGAAUCAGAGCAUCUGCUCUUUUACCAAAUUCUGAGGAUCUCUUGGAAUUCCCAGAUUCUGAAACACGUGUUAUCGUUGAUGUUUUAUACAAAGGAUCUUUAAAAAACCUUACAGGAAAAUGCAUUGGAUCAAGGUCAAAAUCUGGUACUUAUGAAUGGAUCUCAUAUGACGAGGUUAUUAAAAGGAAAGACUAUGUGGGAUCUGGAUUAAUAAAUUUAGGCUUGCCAGCCUCUCAAGAUACAAUGGUUGGCAUAUGCACAAGAACAAGACCUGAAUUUCUAUUAACGCUGCUUGGUGCUGCAUCAAAUUCUAUGGUGCUUGUUCCUAUGUACGAAUCAAUUGGACCAAAUUCUCUGUCAUCUAUAAUGGCACAAGUUCAGAUGGGAACAAUCAUUUGUGAAACAGUAAAAAUUGCUACUCUCAUAACUGAAAAUGCUGAAAGAAACUCAAACUUAAAAAAUGUUAUUUUGAUUGAAGGAAGUGACAAAGACAUUGAAAUGUUGAAACAGAAAUCAGAACUUAAUAUCUUAACCUUCAAGGAACUUGAGGAGCUUGGUAAAUCAAACAUGAAAGAACAGACACGACCAAAUCCUGAAGACUUGUUUUGCAUUUGCUAUACAAGUGGAACUACUGGUGAGCCUAAAGGUGUGAUGGUUUCCCAUCAAAAUAUAUUAUCAUGUAUAGCAGCCAUGACUGCAUUGUUUGGGGAAGCCAUACCCGUAUCUGGAACAUUAUUUGCAUAUUUACCAUGUGCUCAUAUUUAUGAAAUUAUCAAUGAAAUAUAUGCACUUUACUGCGGAGGUCAGUUAGGCUAUUAUAGUGGAGACAUGGAUUCGUUUAUGACUGAUAUUGCAGAUGUAAAGCCUGAGGUUCUCCCAUUAGUUCCAAAACUGAUGAAUCUCAUUUACUACAAGGUUAAGAAAAAAGUACAGAAUAAUGCUUGGAAAAAAGUAGUUCUUCAGGUUGCUCUUCAUCAAAAGCAAAAUCAGCUAAAGAGUGGUAUUAUUUCAAACAAUACAGCUUGGGAUAAACUGGUAUUUUCAGAAGUUCAGAAAGCUCUUGGUGGAUCUCUGAAAAUGAUUAUUUGUUCAUCUGCACCAGUCUCUAAAGAUGUCAUGAAUUUCUUCCGGUGUGCUAGUGGUUGUAUGGUGUUUGAAGCUUAUGGUCUUUCAGAAGUGGGAGCAGCAGCAAUGACGAUGGUUGCUGAAAAUGAUAGUGGUUUUGUUGGACCACCACUUCCAUCAAAUUUAAUAAAACUAGCCAGCGUACCAGAGUUGAAUUACGACGCAGCUGAUGAUGUUGGAGAAAUUUGUGUUAAAGGGCCCAAUGUAUUCAAAGGCUAUUAUAAAAAUCCUGAAGCUUCUAAAGAGGCUUUGGAUGAAGAUGGAUGGUUGAGAACUGGAGACAUUGGUAGAUGGCUUCCUAAUGGCACUUUGAAAGUUUUUGACCGCAAAAAGCAUAUAUUCAAGCUCAGUCAGGGUGAAUAUUUAAUCCCUGAUAAGAUUGAAAAUGUAUACCUGCAAAGUGAGAUACUAUUUCAAGUUUUUGUGGAUGGUAAGCAGGAAGAGGAUUUUGCAAUUGCAGUUGUUGUUCCUGAUGAAAGUGCUUUUGUAAAUUGGGCCAACAGUAAAAACUUUAAAAGUUCCAGCUUUCAAGAGUUAUGUGAGAACAAGAAAGUGAAGCAAGAAGUCUUAAAACAUAUGAUUGAGCUUGGAAAAAGUCAGAAACUCAGUUCUUUGUUCCAGGUUGGAAAUAUAUACUUAACAGAUAAGCCUUUCAGCCAGGAAGAUGGUUUGCUGACACCCACAAUGAAACUAAAAAGAUCUGAAGCAAGAAAAAAGUUUGCCAGUAUUUUCGAUAAAUUAUAUAAAGAGGGAAAUCUUCGCACAAAGCUGAAUUUAUGAAAAAUAUUCUCACUGCAUGUAUUCAGUUAUAACUGACUGUUUAUAGGUCUGAGCAAAGUUGCAAAGUUUAUGAAACCGGCAAACUCCAACCUUUUAUCUUUACAUUUUGCUUUUUCUUAAGAAAUUUUAGUAUUUAUUAAUUUGAUGUUUUUUUUAACUUGAAGAUGUGAUUUCCUAUAUACCUUUAAAAUGCAAUAUCCUACAAAUAAUUAGCAGGUUAAAAUACACUAGUGCAAUUUAAUCAAUCAUAUUCAUUUUUAUCAUUGUUCUUGUUCUCAUUUUAAUGUGUUUAUAAUGUAUUCUGUUUAUGUUUCUAAGUGUGACAUAUUUUGAUGGAUUAAAAAUGCAUCAGUACAUGUAAAAUGCUUGCAUUUUCAUUGUGCCUUGUUAAUGUGCAUUAAGCAUUUAAAGUAGUAAAAUAUUUUCUUUAUAA